ACGGGUGAUCUUUCAGCAGAAAGUCUUGUGCGAUAAGGUGUUUGACCCAGAAAGAAUUGGCUAUUUCCUGAGUAGUUCACAGAUUGUACCAUUUCUGAGAAAUCUUGAUAAAAAGAGGCAUAAAGGAAAAAUGCUGAUUACACGCCAAAGAAGAGAGAUGACACUAGUAACACGAAAUGUGCAAGAUUUGUUAUGGAUUAUGGAUGGAUUAUGGUCAUGUAUUUGGAAUUAUUUACUUUUAGAAACAACUGAUGUUGACAGAGCUUGUGAAAUUAUUUAUUAGAUUUCUUCUAUAGAAGAGUAAUGACUCAUUGAUGAGACUUUAGUAAGUUAGACAAGCAUUGGAAAGAUUUUUGCUCUUCAAUUUAUUGCUUUCUUGUGCCUUGAAUUCUGUUGAUUGCUAGGAAAGGCUUGGGAACUUCACCUAGACGUUUCGUUGGGAGGUUAUGUUAGUCGGUUCCCCUUUAAUCUCCUGCCUAAAGAGGAGGGGUAGGGAAAAUUGUAGGGGCUAUGAGAAGGAGCUCGUGCACAAUUACCUGGGAUCCAGGUAAUAAGAGGGAUCUUCAAUUGUACGGGAUUCCAAUCCAUCUAAGCUGCAUUGUUGGCUGGUUAUGUGAGUUGAAUCCCCUAUAGUCUCCUACCCCAAGAGGAGGGGCAAGAAGAAUUGUAGGGGCUAUGAGAAGGAACUCUUGCUCAAUAACCUGGGAUCGGGUAAUAAGAGGGAUCUCAAUCCUUCUAAGCCGGGGUUCCUUUGGACCAUGUCCAUGUGGGUUUGGUUAUUUUUUACUCAUCUUCAAAAUCUAAGGGGCUCGGACCUUGUAGUCUUGCACAUGGGUGGAUGGCCUCGGGGUUUGCAACCUAUGAACUUUGCUGCCCUUUGCAUUCAGCAAUAUUAAGCAAAUGGUUUCGUUAUUACUCCACUAUAAUCCAUUGACCAAUACUCUUAACAUCUAUCUAACGCGUAAAUACAAGUAGCCUCCCUCUCUGGUUCUCUCCAUCUUUUUCUUUGCUACCAACUUCGUCAAAGUGGUUGACUUGUCUUGGGAUCAGCCCACCAUUUGGACGGCUCUGAUUGGCGAAAGGAUGGGCUGAUCUCUUGCUUGUCAACACCUACCCCAUAUAUAUGUUCUCUUUCCACACAUGGAGAGAUAACUAACUUAUUUAGGACGUCAACAUUUAUGUCUUGCUUUCGCCGUGAGUAGCGGUCGCUUGUAUUUUAAACACAGUUUGAAAGACCAUCCAUAAUCAUUUCUUUCACCUCUUCUCCUAAACAUGUUGCUUGUUCGAUUACCCUCCAAAAACCAACCCUCUCGGCUGAUAAACCUCGUUAUUGUCUUGUCUGCUGUAUGUAUAGUUUAUCUACUUGUGUCACUAUUCUUCUCAUCUUCAAAGCUCUUGCAUACAUAUCCUUCAUCUGAAGGUGUUUAUGCACCAACCUCUCUUGAGCAUAUUGUGUUUGGAAUUGCUUCUAGCAAGAACUCUUGGCCUAGGAGGAAAGAGCAUGUUCGGCUUUGGUGGAAACCUCUUCAAAUGAGAGGCUGCGUGUUCCUCGAAAGCCAGCUUCCGCCUGAUGAACAAGCGAAAGACUAUGGCUUGCUUCCUCCGGUGUGCAUCUCUGAGGACACUUCAAGAUUUCGUUACACUUACCGGAACGGUCCAAGGUCGGCAAUUCGUGUGGCGCGUGUUGUUUCUGAGCUUGUGGCGCUCAACCAUUCUGGUGUGCGUUGGUAUGUCUUCGGGGACGAUGACACGGUUUUCUUUCCGGAUAAUUUGGUGAAGACACUUUCAAAGUAUGAUCCUGGGCUUUGGUACUACAUUGGGACACAGUCGGAGAUUUUAGAGCACAACAGGGUUUUUGGUUUUGGAAUGGCUUUUGGUGGUGCAGGUUUUGCUAUAAGUUACCCUCUGGCAAAAGUUUUGGCAAAGGUUUUUGACUCUUGUAUAGAACGGUAUCCACAUCUCUAUGGAAGUGAUUCAAGGGUCUACUCUUGCUUGGCGGAGCUUGGAGUAGGUUUGACACAUGAGCCUGGUUUCCAUCAGGUGGAUAUUCGGGGUGAUGUGUUUGGUCUGUUAGCUGCACAUCCAGUGAGACCCUUGGUAUCCCUGCAUCACUUGGAUCACAUAAGCCCAAUCUUCCCAAACAUGACAACUACUAAAGCUAUAGAACAUCUAUUUGAAGCUGCAAAUGUUGAUUCCCAGAGGAUUCUACAACAAACAAUCUGCUAUGACAGAUGGUUUUCAUGGACCAUUUCUGUGUCAUGGGGUUAUGCUGUUCAAAUAUUCCCAAACCAUAUAUAUUUUCCAGAUGCUCUCAAUGUGCAAGAGACAUUCAGGCAGUGGAAAAAGGGAAAUGCUUUGUCAGGAGUCUAUAUGCUUAACACAAGAGAACUCCACCCUGACCCUUGUCGAAGGCCUACCAUUUUCUUUCUAGAUAGUAUAUAUUCCAAUUGCGAUGGAAUCAGGAGCAAUUACAAGCAGUCUUUUGCAAAUUGCUCACAUGACAAGGCUUCACCAAGGAAACUGCAGGAGAUCAGAGUACUCUCACAUAAGUUAGACCUUGAUAUUAAGCAGUUGCAGGCUCCAAGAAGGCACUGCUGUGAUGUUUUGCCUUCUGCUGUUGGUGAAGUGAUGGAAAUUGCAAUUAGAGAAUGCAAAGAAGAGGAAUUAAUUCACAUCCAUGCAUGACAGUGUCUGGUUUUUAUAGAGAGCUUGGUAGUUGCACAAUCGGUUUAGGCUUUAGAGCACUUCUGUCAUUGAGAAUUCUUCAUUGUUGUUGCCUUACUGGGAUUUAAGAUUAUCAGAGGAUCCCCCAGCAGAGCAAAACCCAAAUAUUUCUGAUUAUGAGAGAUCAAAGGAUAAAUUUGAGAAUUGUAUUGGAAAUAUCCCAACUUUGGUUACUCUGAGAAGAAUACUUGGUUUUGUUAACAUUUCAAGUAUUGUAAAGAAACUCAUCAAAGGAAAUUCUACUUCUAUAUUCCAAUUUUUGGA